UAUGGCGGCUUCCCUGAACUCGCGGGAAGACGAAGAGUCUAUCGAAUCAACGGUAAACGAAUGGCUGCUAGAUUUCGCUUGUUACACGGCAUGGAAAGAAUUUAGGGAAAAGGGAGCCGUGGAUGCAUUUGCUACUCGAGAUUUAAUUCAAGGAGUACUGUGUCGUCCACUCAAGAACUCCUCCGUGAAGAAGAGCAGAGUCCAGCUGCUGCUGAUUCUGUGCAAGUUGUCCGAUGGCGAGGACUACGAUGCCCGGUACACCAGCACCUCCAAUCUCACCGUCUUGGAGGAGGUGCUGGCAUCGUUUGACUCCAUCAUCAAGGGCUACGACACGUCCUCUAACGUCAGGAUGCAGUCUGCCAAACACAGAGUUGCCAUCAUGACGCAGGCUGUCUAUGUUUGCUGUCGUGCUGGAGAUUUCGAUCUGGCCAAGGAAGUGUUUGACAGACAGUGGUCAGAUCCAGAAGAGACUGAAAAGGCCAAGAAAUCAGUCAUACAAGCGGUACUAAAGUCCAAGAACUCCAAACAUAAAGAUGUUAUGAAGGAGACAUAUAGGUCCUUCCUUGACAUCAUGCAAAACUUUCUACAUCUAAUCAUUGAUACUCAUGAGUACAUCGAAGAACCGUUUUUGUUGAAGCUUGCCAGGGCAUAUGCGGAAACAGAACGGAGGGAAAACAUGAAUCAGACGCCCAGGAAGAGAAGGAAACUGAACCUGCAAGACAUCAAGACAAUAUCGGCUCAUGAAGGAAUUCUUGUCGACAAUGAAAACAUCACUCUCCCAUCCAACAAUGGAGAUGAGUUCAACAAGAAGCUGGACAGAUAUAGGAACAAGACGGUCAACGGCAUCGUUACGGCAGCGCUGCAGGACAGAAACAACUCCAACAUGGACGACGAGUCAGGGGGAGAUGAUGAUGACUCACCAGACACAGACAGAGGCAGCCAUUCAAGCGACUCUAGAAGCCCAGGAAGAGAUCAUUACAGUAAACACAAGAGUAAAAGCCCUUCAGAAAGAAGAAAACUGUUACUUUCAACACAAAAAACGAGAAAACGACUUGCAAAGACAACAGAGGCCCUAAGGAAGACUGUUCACGGUGUGCAAGCAGUGUCAUCAUCCCCACAAUCAAACAACAGCAGUAAGAGGAAGGGGAGUGUGAAAUCCUCAGAUUCAGGACGUUCUGGAGAAGAAACACCACGCUCACGAUACAGAGACCAGUCCCGAGAUCGUGACAUUAGCAACAGGUCGCGAGAUGGAUCUUCACGGUCUCCACACACAAGUCCAUCUAACAACCUUCAGAAGUUCCGGUACAGGAAGAAUGUUAACAGAAAGGACCGCCAUGUCUAUGACAUGCCCAGCUCAGAUGAUAUGGAGAGUGUGGAUCUGACGGACGAGGAAUAUUCUGAUGAUGAAGUGUCAUCCCGAAAACAAAUUCGUCUGGAAGGGCAACCGAAAGUGUGGCGGAGCUUGCAGCCUAAGUCGCGCAGGGUGAAGCGCAAGGGUGGCUCCAGGAAGUUCUGGACUCCCAAGGAAGAGGAGGAAUUCUACAAUGCAGUCCAGGAGUUCGGUGUGGGGAACUGGACAAAUGUGAAGACCUACCUACAGACAUUCAGGUCAUCAGUAGAUCUGAAAGAUAAAUGGCGGAAUUUGGAACGAUGUGGUAAAAUGAAAACUUUGUCAAAGAAAUUUGGAAAAGUUGUGUGAGAAUAUUUUGAAGCAGAUAAGGAGAGAAAAUCUGCAAAAGUGUUUGGAUACAAGAGCAACUCGUGUCAACUUGACUAAACUUUGCGCGUCUGUCUGCUCCAGGUAUUGUUUACAGUGUGAGACUCCGGGGCAGUCUAAGGAUACAGUUCCUAGCUGAACAACAUUUGUAACUGACCGUAACAGUUGUAACUUUUUAUUGUAUAUGCCAUGAGUUUGUUUAACAUGGAUUGAUGUCAGCUGCAUUUAUAGAGCUUGUUUUGGAAUGUGUCCAAGUCCCCCGGUCAGUCUUAGAGAUUCUCGAUAAAACUGGUUUGAAUUAUGAGGUGCCACAAUUUGCUGUACGGAGCAGGUGCCACAAUUGGCUGUACAGAGCAGGUGCCACAAUUGGCUGUACAGAGCAGGUGCCACAAUGUGCUGUACGCUGGAGGUGCCACAACUGGCUGUACAGAGCAGGUGCCACAAUUGGCUGUACAGAGAAGGCACCACAAUUGUCUGUACAGAGCAGGUGCCACAAUUGUCUGUACAGAGCAGGUGCCACAAUUGGCUGUACAGAGCAGGUGCCACAAUGUGCUGUACGCUGGAGGUGCCACAAUUGGCUGUACAGAGCAGGUGCCACAAUUGGCUGUACAGAGAAGGCACAAUUGGCUGUACAGAGAAGGCACCACAAUUGGCUGUACAGAGCAGGUGCCACAAUUGGCUGUACAGAGAAGGCACCACAAUUGGCUGUACAGAGAAGGCGCCACAAUUGGCUGUACAGAGAAGGCACCACAAUUGGCUGUACAGAGCAGGUGCCACAAUUGGCUGUACAGAGCAGGUGCCACAAUUGGCUGUACAGAGCAGGUGCCACAAUUGGCUGUACAGAGAAGGCACCACAAUUGGCUGUACAGAGCAGGUGCCACAAUUGGCUGUACAGAGAAGGCACCACAAUUGGCUGUACAGAGAAGGCACCACAAUGUGCUGUACGCUUGAGGUGCCACAAUUUGUGGACAGAUUAAGUGUUUCUGAGUCUCAGGGGAAACCCUGACAGUUAAUCGAAAUGCCCGGUCUCCCUGAUGAUGUUACUGGGUU